AGAUAUAUUUGAUAUGCAGCUGUAGGUGAAGAGGUUUUGUAAGACAUGUCGACAGCAUCUCCCAAACCUUUGGCUAACGUGAAAUGCGAGCCUCAGCCAUCCACUAGCACAGCCAGUGAGACUACUGUAACGAUGAGUUCUCCAUGCCAUCCUUCACCAGCUCUUGCACGAUCAGUACCAUCCUCCCAAGAAGCGACGUCUCCUUCAGAAACUGCUGGCAAAGACUUCGUCUUUUUUACGACAGAGCUAGCCAACCAAGCCGCCCUGGAUUUUGAGAAAGAACGCUUCGAUAGUCUUCUGGAAUGGCAUAUGAAGUAUCGUAAACGCAAAGAGGCUGAGCGAGCUUCAUCAGACGAUACAGUGUCGGAGAAGGCUACAAGUUCGAUAUCCACAGAUUCGCCAGUUACAGAAACGACAGAACGGAAGGCUGAAAAAAGGAAAGCGGAGAGUGAUCUUGAGGAGUGCACCUUGAAGAAACCAACAUACAUGGAUCUGUCUGCACCUUUGAAUUCACCGUCGAAGAAACUUGAAGAAACUCCACUUAGACGCAUGGAGAUGAUGACAAACUCAUCAGCCUUUAGCACCUCUUCGAGCAUCAAUGAUGUAGUUGAAGCGCCGGCGAACGGAAUCUGCAAGAAAGAUGAGCGAUCGGCAAAAUUGGAGAAACUUGGUGAAAUGGAGCGACAAGUAGAAGCUGAAAGACUUCGGGUCGAAUGGGAAAAGGAAGUCCAGGCACAUGAGAUGAAGAAACUCAUGCAAACGCAGGGACUGUCACCAUAUUCUUCCCCAAUGUAUCCGCAACCUCCUGUUUCUGGGCCUCCUGGUGUGAUGUACCCAAUGGCUCCUUAUCCCGGUCGUUAUCCUCCGUCUUCCAAUGGUUAUCUCAUGGGAGUACCUGCUGGCGCAUACCCUCCCGGGUACCCUGGUGCAACGCAGUUCCCUCCUGGCUAUCCUAUGUCAGCUCCGGGAAAAUCUCAAAUCCCAUCGCCUGCUUACAUUAGUGAUCCAAUGCCUUACAAAGGUGGUGGUCCUCCGCCAGGAAUGAGUCCUCAUCAUCCCAUGUACAUGCACAUGAUGGCCUCGCGAGGGUUGUCCUCGCCGGUGUCAGGACCCGGCUUUCCAGGUGAUCCCGGUCGACCUUACGGCAUGCCAACACAUUCUCCAGCUGUUAGCCCUUUUCACCCACUAUCAUAUCCACCACAACCCUAUCCUCAAAUGCCAUAUGGACAUCCUGCUAUGGCAAAGGGUGUCGUUCCUCCCCCUCCUUACUCUUUUGCUGGUGCAGGUGUGCCAGGUGGCCCCGGAAUGCCGCCUCCAGGCAUGAUGAGAAAUGGCCCAGGAGAUCCGAUGAGGUGGCAGCCAGGUAUGACGCCGAACUAUCCGCCCUCAUUUCCGAACUCCGCUCCACCGGGAUCUGCUCCCUCAAUGCCAUGCCAGCACAUGACGUCUCCGAAGCAAGGCUUAGCCGCAUGAGCUAUUGUGGUGCAUAGAGUAUGCGGAAAAAAGAUUCUGUUAUGCGCCAGAAUGGCAGGCUUCUAGUCGAGCCCGAUCGACUUCUUUAGUCACCGGUUUCAUACGAGCUCAUCUGAUCUCUCUGGGAUUUCGAUACGUAUUAAUUAGGAACUUGCGUCUUCAACUUGCAUCAGUUUAUGCGUAACUUUUCAAUUUCGAUAACUCUCAUAACUCAAGGAUCUUUCUACUUAUUCUGCUAGUUAGCCAUCUUACUUUUCUAUAAAUUCUCCAAUUUAUAUUGCUC